UUCUCAAGGAGCGUCUCCCGGCUGGAGCAGGGCCGAGCUGGGGCUGCAGCUCACAGCCCAUCCCGAUGAUGAGCGCAGCCCCCGAGGAGACUGCCUUGCCAUACAGAUUCCCUUUUUCAAGGAGAGGGGUAGAUCUGGGAAGGCUUAGGAAGUUGCCAGUGUUGGUGCUGGGAGUUAAUCCGUCUCCCAGCCUCUUGCCACCUGUAUGAACCUUUGAACCAGAGGAGAGUCUCUCGGAGGGGCCUCUGCUUUUGGCGUGUUCCCAGCUAUGAUCAGCCUUUGCCCCAUACCUGGGGUGAGGUGACAGAGGUGGAGGUGGCUGAUGUGUGGGAUUUACCUCUGGGCAAUCCCUGGCGGAUGGCUGGGGUGGGAGGGCUCAGCCUGUUGGAGCAGGAUGCCAUGAGGGGUCUCAGAGGAAGAAGUACCCCUGUGCAGGGGGAGUGGGGCACCAUUGGGAAAGGGUCUCUGAGGAGCCUGGGGGCAAGCAGGCAGCUGCCAGAGGUAUGAGGAGGGAGGUCUUCACCACAGCACUGCUCCUUGGUGUCAGGGCUCUGAUCUCAAAGGGUGAGAGGAAGAGGGAGCCUGGGAGGAGAGGCCAAACACACUGCCAGUGUCCCUUGUUUCAUGUGAAAAUCCAGGUGGUGAAUUACGCGCCCUUCACGCUGCUCCCGUCAGCAGUGCCACGGGCCUUGUUUGAACAAGCCUAUGCUGUCCAGCAGGAUUUUAACCUGCUGGUGGAUGCCAUCAGUCAAAACAAAGAAUUCCUGGAGCAAACUCUGGCCAGCACCAUCAAGGUAGACGACUUCACAGCUCAACUCUUCAGAAUCUACAUGCAAGUUUUGGAGGAAGGCUUGGCUCAGACUGUGUUUUUGGGCAUCAACCGCUCGGAUUACAUGUUUGACUGCGGGCUGGAUGGCACAGCAGCUCUGAGGCAGAUAGAAAUAAACACCAUUGCUGCCAGCUUCGGGGGGCUCACCUCCCGCACCGCCGACGUCCACGGGCUGGUGUUGAAAGUGCUGGGAAAGACUGAGGAGGCAUCACACCUGCUGCCCAACAACCCAGCGAAGGGGCUGGCCUUGGGAAUUGCCAAAGCCUGGGAGCUCUACGGUUCCCAAAGGGCUGUGGUGAUGUUUCUGGUGGAGGAAAUCCAGAGGAACAUUUUUGAUCAGCGUUGUGUAGAAAAUGAGCUUUGGAGCAGGAAUAUCCGUGUGAUCAGGAAGCGGUUCCGGGAUGUGUUUGAGCAGGGCUCCCUGGAUGCCAGCAGGAGGCUGUAUAUGGACGGCCAGGAGGUCGCAGUGGUGUAUUACAGAGAGGGCUACGUGCCCCAGAACUAUGACCAGCAGAACUGGGAGGCGCGGCUGCUGCUGGAGAGGUCCCGGGCAGUGAAGUGCCCUGACAUUGCCACCCAGCUGGCGGGCACCAAGAAGGUGCAGCAGGAGCUCAGCCGGCCGGGGACGCUGGAGAAGCUGCUGCCCGGCCGCCCCGAGGCCAUCGCUCGGAUGAGAGCCACCUUUGCUGGACUCUACUCCCUGGACGAGGGUGAAGAGGGUGACAUGAUAGCUGCCACAGCCAUCGCUGACCCCGACCGCUUUGUGCUGAAGCCGCAGCGUGAAGGGAACAAUCUCUAUGGUGAAGAGCUUAGGCAGGUUCUGGAGAAGAUCAAAGACAGCCCUGAGAGAACCUCCUACAUCUUGAUGGAUAAGAUCAAACCCCAGCCAGCACUGAAUUACUUGCUGAGGGCUCACAGUCCCCUCCAAGUGUCCGAGUGCAUCUCUGAGCUCGGGAUCUUUGGUGUCUAUGUCAGGCAGGGCCAGGAGCUGGUGCUGAACCAGGCCGCCGGUCACCUCCUGCGCACCAAGGCCAUCGAGCACGCGGACGGCGGCGUGGCAGCCGGGGUGGCCGUGCUGGACACGCCAUACCUGGUGUGAAGAGCCAUGGCCCCACCCUCCCCUCUGCUGCCUGAAGAGCUGAUCUGCCACAGGGAUUUCUCCUAAGGGUGCACUUGCCAAGGUCCAACAUGCUGGAGGCUGUGAGGAGGGACUGUGUGGAUGCAACUGCUCAAAGGUCCAGGGUGCCAGCCCGAGCUUCUUCCUGUGAUUCUCCCUCCAGAAAGAAGGGAUUCCCUUGCUCUGCCUGCUCAGGGGGCCUUGCCCUGUGCACAGCCCAGCUGUGAGUCCCAGGACUGCAAGGGUCUGGAUGUUCCCUUGGGGCCUGGCCUGACGGCAGUGGGACGUAGAGUGCUGCUCCCACUUCUGAGCUCCUUGAUGCUGUGUAAUUUCUGGAGAUGUACACAGUGUAAGGAAUGAGAGGAGAAAGGUGGAUGGGCAAGUACCAGCCUUGAUCUUCAUCCAGUGCCUCAGUGCUCUCCAGCUUAAAGAGGAGAGCCCAGCUCCACUCACGAUGGCCCCUCCAGCCCUUCUUCCUGUGCUGCUGCUGUCCUCAUUUCUAUUUUCCCCUGUGCCUGAGGAGCCCUCAGGGUUCCUGCACCAGGCACAGCUGCCCUGGGUAAUUUGCCAAGGGCCUCUUGCUUGCUUUCGCUUUGCCCAACUCCUGUUUUGUUGGACUGGGUGCUGAUCCUGAACAGUGCCUCUGUGCCCCACAGGGCAGGCAGCAGUGCGGGGUCCAGGGCUGUGUCUGCUCCUGCUGCUUCCCACAGCCCUGUCCAACAGAUCACAAGCUGGAGGCAGCUCCCAAGGCAGUGGUGAAUUGGAGCCCUGUGUGUGUUGAUAAACCCUGAAGCCCCCUGGGCUUGUGCCAGUGCAUCCCACUGAAAUCAAACACUGAGCAUCUUCCUGUCAGGAAACCCCGACCUUGGGAAUGGUCCUGCUGAUACUGGGAGCUCUGUGGUGGGGAAGCAAAGGAAUUGCAGGAGAGGCUGGGCAGGCACAGCCCCAGCUCCAAGCACCUUACUCUGGGACCAGCACCAGCAGAGGGGGAGAUGUGUCUCCUUCCAGGUUUCAUGGAUCAGAGGGAACAGCACAGCAGUGGAGGAGUGUGGGCUCUCCUGCUCAACGUCUUCUGCCUCUUCCUUCAGCCCCUUUCCUCCUCAGCCCUAAAAGCUGCACCUUUCUGGCAGUGAAGAGCCCAGGCAGCCUCAGCCCAGCCCUGCCAGUUACACAGAACCAGCACAAAGGUGGAAUUCCUGCUGGAGGGAUGUGCUGAGUGACAGAACCAGCACAAAGGUGGAAUUCCUGCAGAAUGGAUGUGCUGAGUGACAGAACCAGCACAAAGGUGGAAUUCCUGCAGAAUGGACGUGCUGAGUGACAGCCCUGCUGGCUCUCUGCUGCUGUGGCAUCAAUCACCAAUCGGUCACCUGGGAAACUGCUCCGUUCUUCCAGUGUGACUGAGCCUGGGAUUCCUGGGUGUUUUGUUGGGGAAUUGAUUACCCCAAGCCAGAGAUUAAAAGGAAUGUGCAAUCUGA